AUGCCUGGCUUCCAUCGUCGUGGUGUUGUCAGGGAAGAGUUCCAUCUCGUGGUCCCCGUGGCUUCAGACGCGGCAGAAAUCUUUGCCAGAUGUGGGGACCAGAGGAAUCAGGCAGCCGCCCUGCAUUCGGCUGCCUCCGCUGCCUUGGCUGCAGAUCGUGCCACGGAAGCCAGACGUCUGGCAGCACAGGCGCAGGACGUGCUACGAUCGCUGUCAGACCGGGCACGUGAGGUUUCAGCUCGAGGCAUCGUAGUUCAAGCAGAGGUCGCUUUGGGCAACUCCGAGAAGGCUUUGGAAAUCGCAUCUGAGGGCCUCGUGGCGAUGCAGCAGCAGGGAGACCAUUUGUCCCUCGCAGAGGCACACAGGCACAUCGCAGCUGCCCAGCUUGCCUCAAGCCUGCACGAGGAGGCUCGCCAGUCGGCCAUGGCAGCGCGAAACUGCUCCGAACGGUUGCGGGGCACCAGGAAGUGGGAGUGCAAGGCUGAUGCCCUCGAGAUGUUGGCUGAGAUCUGCCGCCAGACCAAAGACUUCCAGGCCAUGACGCAAGCAGCCGAGGAGCUUGCGCAGUGCUGCCGUGAAGCUGCGUGGCCUCGGCGUGAGGCGCUGGCACUUCGCACUGUUACACGUGGCCAGUUGGCCUUGCGCAAGCCUCGCAGCGCGCUGGAGGCAGCAGGGCGGGCCAUGACUCUGUUCCGCGAGACCGGAAACAGUUCAGCAGCUGAUGAGAUGCGACUUCUGUUCGCGAGGGCCACGGAGCUUCGAAAUAGCAUGCGCGAUGCAGCUCGCAAUGCGAGACAGGCAUGGCUUCUCUUCCGCGAAAGAGGUGCCCUGGAUUAA